CUAUUUUGCUGAUAAGCCCUUGAUUAAGAAAAGUUUCAAUAUUAUCUGACAUCUUCAAAGUCAGAACACAGGAAAGUUCCCCAGACAGGGUUGUUCUCUGCAAUGGAGUUUUCUUUGAUUCUAGACGCCUGUCUGUUUUGUUUUUUUUCUUGUCCCAUUGGGGAGGAUGGCAAGUGGGUCCCGGGGUGUUUGGAUCCAGGGCAAGGGUGGGCACAGCAGGGACAGACAUACUUACCACACCCCUGAAUGGAAGAGGAAGGUGGAACCCAGGCCUCCAAGGCCCACUUGUAGGGAAACCAGAGCCUUCCAAGUUCAGCUCUCAGUCUGCUUAUUCUAUUGUGACCAAUUGUAGGCUGGACAGUGACUUCUGUGACUUCAGCCCUAUGUCACUGGAGUGUGGGAUAAAAGCUUCAGGAUUUCCCAAAGACCAGGGACUGUUACUACACUUUCGUUACUGAGAGCUGCUAAUCGCCAUCUGACUGUUGCUUCUGUAACAGGAAUCAGAUCCACAGGAUCCGAAUGCAGCAUCAACCCGAAGGACACACUUAGCACAGGAUCCGACACAGGCGUGGACAGAUUGGCAUGGUUCUUUCUGGGCUUAAAGAUCACACGCUAAGACCUAUGUGAAGGACCCGAGAGAGACAGGAGGCUGCAUGAAUUCUGAGAUAGAUGAUAAAAGCAAACGGCCUUGUUCUUUUGGGGGCGUGGGUGAACAUGUCUUGAUGUCUGAAACUGGGCUCCCAGAAAAAGCUAGGCUAGAGCAGGAACCUGAGAGUCGAGGCACUGGGAUCCGAAGCCCCAUAACUGCGAAUUUCAUUUUGUUUUUCUUUUCAGCUCAAGUCUCUGACGAGGGCUCUUGCUACAAAAAAACCUAUGCGGCGCCCAGGGUAUUAUAUAAGCCCUCGGCAGGAGGGGAGAUAGUCGGGUCUGUGCGCUUCGACCGCAGCAGGCGCAGCAGCCAUGGCGCAGCAGCAGCAGCAGCAGCGAGAGCCGCUCAGGUUGAUUUAGAACGCGGGUGACAGUGGCCUGGCUCGAGCCUACGGCUGACGACAGCCGCUGAUCCCGCUCGGUUUCCAUGGAAACGGGCAGGAGCCGCGGCGGCGGCGGCGGCAUUUCGGAGAGANNCGGCGGCGGCGCGCGCGCGGGGGUCUGCAGGAGGCAGGAGCAGGCCGGGGCCCUCGCCGCAGACAUGGACUCGCAUUGUGAGUGCGCCGCGGAGACGCCCGCCGCAGAGCCGCCGUCGGGGAAGAUCAAUAAGGCUGCGUUCAAGUUAUUCAAGAAGAGGAAAUCGGGGGGCACCAUGCCCAGCAUUUUUGGGGUCAAAAACAAAGGGGAUGGGAAGAGCGCGGGGCCGACGGGGAUGGUGAGAAGCAGGACCCACGACGGACUAGCGGAGGUACUGGUGCUGGAGGGCAGCAAGAAGGAGGAGCCGCCCGGCGGGGGCGAUCACGGUGGGGCCCGGCCAAACCCCGGACCCCCCAAAGCCGCCGGGCCUGGCCUGGGCUCCCUGGCCAGCAGCUCGGUGGCCAAGUCCCACAGCUUCUUCUCCCUGCUGAAAAAGAACGGGCGAUCGGAGACCGGCAAGGGGGACCCUGCCGAGGCGAGCAAGGCUGGCGGCAAACAAAAGAGGGGGCUGAAAGGGAUCUUCAGCAGCAUGCGCUGGCACCGGAGGGACAAGCGCGGCAAGGAGGAGGAGGAGAAGGCGGCGCGCGCGGCGGGCCCGGGCAGCCUAGUCCUGCCCGGCUCGCUCACCGCCAGCCUGGAGUGCGUCAAGGAGGAGCCGCCCCGAACCGCGCGCCGCCCGGACAGCCCGGGCCAGGACGCCCCGCGACACGCAGCAGGUGAGCCCGAAGGGGGAGAGCAGGCGCCCGCGUCCGCCGAGCGCGCCCCGGCGCGGACCUGCCUCGAGGCAGCGAGCCCCGCCGGCCUUGGCGACCAAAGCGCCCGGGGAGAGGACGCCGAGGGGCAUUGGCGCGCGGAGAAGCCCGGGGCAGCCCUCGAGUCGGGAGCUGGUGAGGUCCAGGCGGCCGAGGAUGCGUCCAGGACAGGUGACGUUCCGAUAAAGACCGUCCCCCUUGUCGACUCCGAAGGUGGCAGCGGCCGGGCGUCUGCCGUCCCUGACCCUUCCUCUGUUGAUCCACCCUCAGACCCGUCGGCAGAUCGUAUUUGUUUGAUGUUUUCUGACGUGACUUCACUGAAAAGCUUUGACUCUCUUACAGGCUGUGGAGAUAUUAUUGCAGACCCAGAAGAAGAGGCAGGUCCCAGCUGUGACAAGCAUGCCCCCGGGCCAGGCAAGCCAGUGCUCUCUAAAAAGAACCCCAGCGAGGUGGCCUACCAAGGAGGAGGGGAGGAGAUGGCCAGUCCAGAUGAGGUGGACGACACCUAUCUCCCGGAAUUCUGGGACAUGUUAUCCCAGACCGAGGACCAAGGACAAGGGCCCCAAGAGGGCACCGCGAAGGCGGCCACUGCUUCAGACACCAAGCUGGCCCCUGAGACCUCCAAUGAUGUUCGGUGCGGGGAAGUAGCCAAGGACGUGUCCUCUGUCAAGCGCAGGAGGCUCCACAAGAUCCCCAUUGAUCCUCAGCAGAAGGAGGAGCCCAAGCACCCCGAGAAGGAGCAUCAAGAAGGCGUCCCUAACAGCGACGAGGGCUACUGGGACUCCACCACUCCUGGUCCAGAAGAAGAUAGCGCCAGCAGCAGUAAGAAGGCCGUCAUUCCCAGGGAUAGCGACAGUGGUGAUGCUCUCUAUGAUCUCUACACUGAACCCGAAGGAAGCUCGGCUGUUGUUCCUGCCACGGAGGACCCACCCUGCUUGUCCCGGCUAAAGCCGGUGUCUCCAGGCACCAUCACCUGUCCACUGAGAACACCAGGCAGCUUGCUGAAGGACUCUAAAAUCCCUAUUAGCAUCAAACAUCUCUCCAACCUUCCGUCCAGCCAUCCUGUGGUGCACCAGCAACCAGCCAGGAGUGAGAUGCCCAGAACAAAAAUCCCCGUUUCCAAAGUGCUGGUCCGCAGGGUCAGCAACCGGGGUUUGGCUGGGACCACCAUCAGGGCAGCAGCAUGCCAUGACAGUGCCAAAAAGUUGUGAGGUCUCCAAGGCCAAGGAGGAUGGAUGGGCCACGUGUUAAGGAAUACAGCACUCCCUCGGAAACCACUGAAGGAAGCUCGCUUUGCCCAAAGCAAACAAUUUAGGACCCACCCUUCUCUAUGUGGCCUAGCAGUCUUUGUUGGAGACAGGGGUAGGACACCCUGGAAAGGGAAUAUUACACCUGGAGUUCAGAUAAGUUUCUGAGGAUUCUUUUCUAGCACUUUCCUUUCUCUUUUAAACUUAAAAAAAAUGUUUUUUUCCUUCUUUUCUUUUUAACUCGUGGAUCACUCAGAAGUGCAGAAAAUCAGAUUUAACCAAAUCUAGUGAAUAUAUCACACCAGGAUAUCAGGUUGUUCUAGUCAAGAGGGCCUUGAGGAAUCACUUAACAACAGGAUUCUUGCCUCUCUUUCCAGGAAAAAAGGAAAAAAAAAAAAAAAAACCUUUGCUUAUCACUGUGUGGGAAACACCUGCAAAGCUCAAAGAUCCCUGUAGUUAUGUGAUGGAAAGAGGGGCAUGCUGGCUGCAGAGAACCUCACAACGUCCAGUUGCCAGAUACACAAAUAGGUAAAGAUCUGUCUCUACGAAAGCCGAAAGAUUCUAGUUUGGCUGGUUCAGGUCACUUGUCUGAGGAGAAAUAAAAGGCUAAUGAUUAGUUUAUCUGGAUUUUUGUUUGUUUGCUUGCUUUUGAUUUUUGGAUUUACUCCUUCCUCUUGGUGCAAAAAUGAGGAUCAGGGAAUGAUCUCACUAAAUGCUAAAUAUCCAGUAUUUUGUCAUGUGUGAACUUCAACCUUCUUACGUGUAGGUAAUGCAUAUUUUAACAGUUUGCCUCAUGGUUAACAUUUUACAACUCGUCAAUGAUGUAGAAUUUAGAGUCUGGUCUUAUAGCUGGGAUAUGAUGACACACCAUUGUGAUUCUUUAUGCACUGUAGCCUGGGGCAGGGAUACUUCUGAUUUAGGAGGGUUAUUUGCAUAUAUAUCUAUAUAGAUAUGCUAUAUAUAUACAUAUAUAUACAUGUAUGUAUGUAUGUUACUGAUGCCCUUGAACAAUGCAUUGCCUGGCCUUGGUUAACAGUCCAUUUCUCAACCCAAACCAUAGAUUUUACCUUACUUAUAAAAUGUUGAAUCCAACCAUUUCCCCAAGGUUAGGAAGUGCACAAUGAACAUAUGAAGAAGUAAUAGAAAAUACAAGUUUGAAACUAUUCAUUUGGCUUCUGCUGUAUAAACCUGUGCCUGAGACAGCUGUGUGCUUCCUGUGACACUGCCAGGCCUAAGUAAUUCUACUAAAUUAUUUUUGAGAAGUGGUUUGAUUCAAUAUGUGCUUUCUAAUAUUUAGGCUGAAACGCCAAUGCGUUGGCAGUUUGAACAAUAUAGUGAAAGGGUUCCUCGAAUGCUCUUAGUGUCUGAUGAUUAAACUGAUGUCCUCUGGAGAUGCAUUUGACUCAAAGGGCUGGAGCUUCUCCCAGAGGUGCUGCGGUCCAUCAGGAAGAUGGCACAUAGCCCAGUGACCCUGCAUGUGUGUGAACGAGAUGAGCACAGUGUAACUCGAGUUCCAGAGAGAUGCCUAAGGAAAGGUCUGCUAUUUUGUGUUUUAAGAUUUUAGUUCUAUUUUGUAAAAGAAGAAAAGAAGCUAAAUAUAUGAGAACUUAUUUUAAUAGUAUGAAGGAAGCAAACGUAAGUGGACAUCAAGGAAGACUUGAUGAGGCGUAAAGGAACCUGUUCCCGUUUUCAGUUUGUGGCGACUCCCUUAGAAGAGGGGGCAGAGGUCUGCUGCACCCCUGAGUUAGAUUACUGACUUUUACUGUGUUGUCUCAGGUCCUUGAUGCUAUCGCCAAGCAAUGUGUUAAGUUUUAAUGUCCCUGUGUCUAGAGAUGAGACCCUCCACGUGCACAUCACUCUCGGUGUUGGCUCAGGAAUCCAUCUGGAUAAAAGCUACCACACAGAAGACAUCUCAGAAUAGUUGGGGAUUUGACAAUAUUUUGAAAGUCACCUUGCCCUUGAGAAAAAAAAAACUUUAAAUUUGAUUAGUAUUGAUAGAAAUAUAUAGCCUCCAAAAUACGUUUGUUUCCCCCUAGAACCAGAGAGGAUAUAAAUUAUACUUCAUGCGGGAAAACAAAGGAACUUUCUCCUUGUGCUUUUCCCUUUACACUUAAAGAUUAAGUUCACCUUUACACUCUCCAUGGCUGGGUUUUGUUUGCGCUUGUUCAGCUGUGCAGGAAAGGUAGCGUGGGAAGAGUGGGCUCAGCGGUUGUCAGAGGAAUGGCAGGUGGUUGCUGAGGCCCCGGAAGCCACUCCUUCAAGCGUUCCCAGCUUGGGGGUUUAUCUGCAAUCACCCUCUACGGCAUCCUCGCUUUAGAAGUGAAGGAAAAGUUUAUCAAUAUUUACCUUAAUUUCCCCUGGCAAUUGACCAGUUACAAAAGACCUAAAAGGCUUUAUUUAUAAAAUUCUUUUUGCCAGCAGGGCGGUGGUGGCGCACGCCUUUAAUCCCAGCACUUGGGAGGCAGAGGCAGGCAGAU